AAAGGGGCGGGGCCUUGUGCAGGGCGGUGGGCGUGGCUUUGCUUGGCGACUAGUUGGAGUGUGUUCUCUCGGUGUUUAAAGCAAGGCUCUGGAGAAAACGUGGACAUGGGGAGUAAGAAAGAGCACGUUAAAAUCACCAGUGAGCACAAGCCUGGGUUUCUGGAGCGGCUCAGUGAGACCUCUGGGGGAAUGCUCAUUGGCCUUGGGACUUUUGCACUGUCUUUCUACAUUCUUUUUACCAAUGAGGGGCGAGCUUUGAGGACAGCUUCUUCUCUAGAGGAAGGACUUUCUCUAGUUGUUCCUCUUGACAACAUCCAGAAUGUGUUGCAAGAGAAUGAAAGGAAACUUGUUCACUUGUCUGGUCCUCUUCGAACAUCCAAGCCUUUGUAUGAUCCUGGAUAUGGACUUUCUAUCCGGGCUGUCAAGCUCAAGCGUCACGUGGAGAUGUAUCAAUGGGUCGAGUAUGAAGAUUCCAGGGAAUAUGAAGAAGAUGGUGAAAUGAAGAAAGAAACCAGAUAUUCAUACAAUACUGAAUGGAAAUCGGAAGUUGUGAACAGCAGAAAUUUUGACCGAGAAAUUGGUCAUAAAAACCCCAGUAACAUGGCUGUCGAAUCUUUCACUGCGGUUGCUUCUGAUGUCCAAGUGGGCAGUUUCUUUCUUUCCAAAGGUCUUGUUGAAAAAAUUGAUAAUUUCAAACAGAUGAGCUUAUCCAGACUGGAAGAUCCCCAUGCUGAUGUGAUUCGCUCCGGAGACUACUUCUUUCACAGUGAGAAUCCUCGACGUCCUGAAGUGGGAGACCUUCGAGUUUCAUUCUUCUAUGCAGGUUUAAGUGGAGACUCAUCCCACCUCGGCCCAGCAGAUGUGGUGACCGUAGUUGCUCGUCAACAAGGGGAACAGUUGGUGUCAUACCGAACCAAAUCUGGUGAUAUUUUGCACAUUCUCUAUCCAGAUGAACUCUCCCCUGAGGAAGUGUUCCAGAAAGAACAUGAGUGUAACAACAUGAAGACCUGGGGACUGCGUGCAGCUGGAUGGAUGGCUAUGUUUGUUGGCAUCAGUCUUAUGACCAGGAUUUUUUACACUCUGGUGGACUGGUUUCCAGUGGUUCGGGAGCUCAUAAACGUUGGCCUGAAAGCAUUUGCCUUUUGUUUGGCCACCUCUCUCUCCCUGCUGACCAUCUCUGUGGGCUGGCUCUUCUACCGGCCCCUCUGGGCAGUGCUGAUUGGGCUGCUGGCUGCUGUGCCCAUUGUGAUCGCGCGCUCCCGGAUCCCACCAAAGAAGCAGCAGUGAAAAUGUAGAAAGUGUGCCUGAAUUUCCUUGAAAGUGCGACAUAUCUAGACAUACAACCAGUGUCUGAAGCCAUUAAAACUACAUGUGUGCAAGCACAAUCUUUGAUAUUGCAAUACCGAUGCUAGAUACCAAAGACUUCCAUCAUGGACCUAUGUGCAAAAUAUGUGUACACCUUUUUUCAAAUUAUGUAAUCCAUUGGAGGAAUACAACUGUUUCAGCUUUUUUUUUUUUUCAAAAUCUGAAGUCAUAAUAGUUGAGAGAAAUAAUAGAAUGUGUGCUUGGAAAUAAGCAUAUAUCAAAUG